AUGUCUGGAGCGCCUCGAAACGAUACCUACCCUUACGCCUUCGCCUCCACGUCCGCUUCGUCCUCGUCGCAAACCCCCAAUUCCGACGAUCGCGAUGAGCUCGACUUUCUCGAUGACAAUGCCAGUAACGACAGCGGUCGUGGGAGGUCGCGCGAUAGAAACCAUGUGUUAGGCGAGGACCCGCUGCAAGGCAACUUGAGUGCGCCCAUGACCUUCAAGCGAAGACAAGGCCCCUCAUUGUGGUCUGCGCCUUCUCGACUUCUCUCCGCAAUCACAGGCUCACGAUCCAAUGCUUCCUCGAGGGGAGCUUCGCCUGCUGUGUUUCCUGGCUCCAACACUUCCCCGCGCGCCGAACCUGUCGUCUUUAACGAAGCUACCAAAGAUGGAGCGCCGCACGAUUGGUACGUCGAGGGACCGGGACGCCGAGUCGGAUACGAGGAUCUCACGGCCAUUGAUUGGAUUUUCGAAUACACAAAGGAGCGCCAGCGGUUGCGAAUGCUCUACUCGAGCGCAUCCGGCGUUAUAGGCCCUCUGCGACGGCUCAUUGAUGCUAGCCAAGUCUGGAUUGUCCUGCUCUUGACAGGAAUGCUCGUGGGAGCUGUCGCCGCGGGAAUCAACGUUACAACCGAUUGGCUUGGAGACUUGAAGGAGGGAUACUGUUCUAGCGGCCCAGAAGGAGGCCACUUCUACCUUAAUAAGGCCUUUUGCUGCUACGGCUACGAUCAUAAUUCCAAGUGCGAAGGCUGGAAGUCUUGGGGUGACGCUGUUGGUGUGCAUUCGAAAGGCGGCAAGUGGUUUGUUGAGUAUUUGUUCUUUGUUUCUCUUGCGAUGCUGUUCGCUUAUGUUUCUGCUGUUCUCGUCCAGGAAUAUGCAAUUUACGCUAAGCACAGUGGUAUCCCCGAGAUCAAGACCGUUCUUGGAGGCUUUGUCAUUCGAAGAUUCCUCGGGUUUUGGACCCUUGUAACCAAGUCGCUGGGACUUGUAACUCGGAAACGUGAAGUUCUGUCAGCCGCUGCCGCUUCGGGUGUCUCAGUCGCCUUUGGAUCGCCCAUUGGCGGUGUCUUGUUCAGUUUGGAGACCUUGUCUUAUUACUUCCCCGACAAGACAAUGUGGCAGAGCUUUGUCUGUGCCAUGACUGCAGCUGUUGUUCUUCAAGCUUUUGAUCCCUUCAGAUCUGGCAAGCUUGUCUUGUAUCAGGUUCACUACAGCAUUGGAUGGCAUGGCUUUGAGCUGCUACCCUAUGCCAUCUUGGGUGUUCUAGGUGGUAUUCAUGGUGGCCUCUUUAUCAAGCUCAACAUGGCCAUCGCUCGCUGGAAAAAGGCAAAUCGAUGGAUCCCUGGUCCAUUUAUCCAAGUUCUUAUCGUGGCCUUCUUCACUGCUCUCAUCAACUAUCCCAACUUCUACAUGAAGCUUCAAACGACUGAGCUGGUUUCCAACCUUUUCUCUGAGUGCUCUCAGGUUCUCGACGACCCCAUCGGCCUCUGUAGAACAGGCGCCGCUUCGGCCAAAACUAUAGUCCUCCUUGUCUUUGCAUCAGUCUUGGGCUUCUUCCUCGCUGCUGUGACAUUUGGUUUGCAGAUCCCUGCUGGUAUUAUUCUCCCAUCAAUGGCCAUCGGUGCCCUGACAGGCCGCGCUGUGGGCAUUAUCAUGGAGAUUUGGGUCACAAACCACCCAGGGUUCUUCCUCUUUGGCUCAUGCGAGCCUGACAUUCCCUGCGUAACGCCAGGCACAUAUGCUAUUGUCGGCGCAGCAGCAUCUCUUGCUGGUGUUACUCGUUUGACGGUCUCCAUCGUGGUUAUCAUGUUCGAACUCACUGGCGCUCUCACAUACGUACUUCCCAUCAUGAUUGCUGUCAUGAUAUCGAAAUGGGUAGGCGAUGCCUUUUCACGUCGUGGUAUCUACGAAUCAUGGAUUCACUUCAACGAGUACCCUUUCCUUGACAACAGCGAGAACAACGAUGCUAUACCCGAUAUCCCCGCUUCACAAGUUAUGACUCGCAUCGAGGAUCUCGUUGUCCUUACUGCCACCGGCCAUACUAUUUCCUCACUUACAACUAUACUCGAGAUGCACCCGUACCGUGGCUUUCCAGUUAUAUCAGAUCCCAGAGAAGCUAUUCUUCUAGGCUAUAUUUCACGUGCAGAGCUCGCGUACAACCUCUCGGCCGCCACGCAGGCACCUCGUUCGCUCCCCCCGGAGACGGAAACCUUCUUCUCCCAUCAGCCUAUGGCCGAUCCGCGCACUACUCUUGAUCUUCGUCCAUGGAUGGAUCAAACGCCCCUUACUCGAUUCUCACAUACAAGCCUUCACCUGGUCGCGACUUACUUCCAGAAACUUGGUUUGCGGUAUCUCCUGUUCAGCGACCGGGGCGUCCUUCAGGGCUUGUUGACAAAGAAGGAUGUUUGGUAUGUUCUUAACGGUGCCGAAGAAACGCGUCGCACCAUGGGCCUAGCAUCAACUGGUGCUGGCCAUGAGACUGGCGUGGCCGAUCGGACGCCAGACGACAUCGGCGGCGGCGAAAGCAGCGGAUUGCUGCGCGGUGACGGCGCUGAUGAUGGGGAUAGUAUACAAGGCGAGGAGCCGAUGUUAUGA